UGCUGUACUGUAACCUGCUUCAGAGCGUCUGGUCGGCCGCCUCGGAGAGCUAUGGCGGGGAAGCGGCCGCUAGUAGUCUUGUUCGACCUGGGCGGCGUCCUUUUGGGUAGCAGUCAGAUACUUUUCCGAAAUCUGGAGAAGACUUUGGGCCUACCUGGAGAUUUCUUUCAAAAAGUCAUUCGGCAUGGUGGCUCUGAUGGACCUUUCUCAAAAGGGAUGACUGGACAGAUUGGAUUAACUCAGCUUAUUGCUGACUUUGAAGAUGAUUGCAAGAAAGUUUCUUCUACUUCUAAUAUCCCCCUCCCUGAAAACUUCUCAUUGGGCGAGAACUUUGUCGAAAUGAUGGCGAAAAGUGGCUUUAGUGUACCCUUCCUGAAGGCUGCUAUGCUUCUCAAGAAAAAUGGUUUCAGAAUUGCUGUCCUGACAAAUAACUGGAUUGAUGAUACUCCUAGCAGGCAUCACACAGGGUUUGCCUUAUGUCUGCUGAGGAAAUAUUUUGACAAGGUGAUAGAGUCAUGUCGGAUUGGCCUGCAGAAACCAGAUCCCAAGAUUUAUGAGUAUACAUUACAUGAACUGAAGGCAACGCCUGAGGAGGUUAUUUUUCUGGAUGACAUUGGUGCAAACUUAAAGCCUGCUCAGAAGAUGGGGAUGACAACAAUCCUGGUGAAAGAUGCUGAUUCUGCUUUGAAGCAGCUUCAAGAUCUGACGGGGGUUCAG